UCAGACUUGAAUGAUGCUGAUGAUUUGGUACAGUACAUUAUCAAGCGAUGUAGCUGUACUUUUGUUUAAAAUUAAUCACACUUCUGCUCAUUCAAAAUGUACUGAUAAAGCGAAGGGGCGUUCCAAGUAGUAGACCAAGUUUGGACUAAGUCACUGGCAACAAGAUAAUCUUGCUAAAAAAACAAACAAACAAAAAAAACUGCUGAUGAUUUCCCUGAUUGCAGGCAGGGUCGUGCUCUGGGUGCAUUUUGUGCACCACUUGCCUUGCACGAUACUCCUGCUGUCUUGCACGCGCUGGAGAUGUCAGCUCGAGAUGCAGGGGUGUAGCCAGAUUUCAGAUGAAAGGCUUCGCUUUGAAUGAUAAGGAUCCUGUGACGUCAAAUGCUAGCCAAAGACUCCCGGUUCUGCAUCAGCUCCACGGCUUGCCUGCUUUCAUUCGCCUCCUGAAAGCAAGAAGCUAGCGAGGUGUUUAUUUCAAUUGAAAUUGCUCUGCUUUCAACGAAAGUGAAAAAAGAAGAAGUGUUAACUAGGAGAGGAGGAUAACCCAGAAAUGGAGACUUCGUGGAGGGAUUUCAACAUUCUGAGGUGGCUACGGGAGGGUCGUCAGUCCCGAAGACUCAUUCUGCUUAUUGUGUUCAUUGCUUUGCUCCUGGACAACAUGCUUCUCACUGUGGUUGUGCCCAUAAUCCCUAGUUACCUCUAUAGUCUCCAACACAGUAAGCAGCCAGCAGAAAUCCAAACAGCCAAGCCAAAGACAGAGUCAUCAUCUUCUAGAAGUUUCCAAACAAUAUUUUCCUUCUACGACAACUCAACUAUGACAACAGAAAAUAUCUCUGAGCCCUCUGUACAAGACAAUUCGCAGUCAUAUUAUACUACCACUGUUCAUACGAUAGUGAAUGUGACUGAUGCAGAUUCCGACUGCCCAAAGAAAGACAGCAGCCUUCUGAAUGAAAAUGUUCAAGUUGGUCUGAUGUUUGCUUCAAAGGCAACUGUACAGUUAAUAACAAAUCCUUUCAUAGGACCAAUGACAAACAGUGUUUGCAUUUGCUGGAAGCUUUACACUGCUGUUCAUUGCCAGGUCACUUCAGGGAAUAGGCUCUUCAUGCUCUUCUGUAGCAGGAAUGGGCAUGCUGGCUAGUGUCUACACUGAUGAUGAAGAAAGAGGCAAUGCAAUGGGAAUCGCACUAGGAGGCCUUGCUAUGGGAGUACUUGUGGGUCCUCCAUUUGGAAGUGUGAUGUAUGAGUUUGUGGGAAAGACUGCUCCUUUCCUGGUACUUGCAGUACUGGCAUUAUUGGAUGGAGCUCUCCAGUUGUUUGUCCUCCAGCCAUCUAAAGUACAGCCAGAAAGUCAAAAAGGGACAUCACUGUUUACUCUGUUGAAGGAUCCCUACAUCCUUAUUGCUGCAGGUUCCAUCUGUUUUGCAAAUAUGGCAAUUGCUAUGCUGGAACCAGCACUGCCAAUCUGGAUGAUGGAGACGAUGUGUUCGCCCAAAUGGCAGCUGGGUAUUGCUUUUCUUCCAGCCAGUGUCUCCUAUCUAAUUGGAACCAACAUAUUCGGUGUACUUGCAAACAAAAUGGGAAGGUGGCUUUGUUCUCUGCUUGGGAUGCUAAUUGUAGGAGUAAGCAUUUUAUGUGUACCAUUUGCCAAAAACAUCUAUGGACUUAUAGCACCAAACUUUGGAGUUGGAUUUGCAAUUGGAAUGGUGGAUUCUUCAAUGAUGCCAAUCAUGGGCUACCUGGUUGACCUUCGUCAUGUCUCAGUGUACGGCAGUGUAUAUGCAAUUGCAGAUGUUGCCUUUUGUAUGGGAUUUGCCUUAGGUCCUUCAUUUGGUGGUGCUAUUGCUAAAUCUAUAGGCUUUUCAUGGCUGAUGACCAUCAUUGGAAUAGUUGACAUACUGUUUGCACCUUUGUGUUUCUUUCUUCGGAGUCCCCCUGCAAAGGAAGAAAAAAUGGCAAUCCUCAUGGAUCACAACUGCUCUAUAAAAACAAAAAUGUACACAACUCAGGACAGUGUACAUCCUUACCCAACUGCAGGUGAUGAUGAAGAAUCAGAAAGUGAUGAAUAACUUCAGAAGCCAUUCCCAUGCUAAAUAUCACGAUUAUUUUGUACAAAAUGCAGUGUUUCUUGUGAAACAUUUCAUCAAGGAAGUAUGAUUUAACUGUACUGUAAUAGUGUAUCAACAAAGGAACCAAAGCUGUCUGACUUAUUGCCCGUGUACAAGCAGUUGUUUAGAAAGCAAAGUAAUGCCAAUGGCCUUAUUAAACAGCUAGUAUGUAAUCAUGUUUCCAGAGUCAAAUGUUGAAACGCACACCACCUUAUGUAUUCAGUUUUACCAAACUUUAUUUUGUGUAUAUGUGUACAGACAACUUAUACAGCCUAAGCUGCAUCAUAAUGUAGAUUAAAUUAAAUGGCAAAUAUAAAUAAAAGCUAUAUUUCAAGUA